UGGGCCGCGUAGUGUUUUCCGUUCUUGCUAUCGAAAGCAAUCUAUUCCCCCUUCCCCCUUUCUUCCUCUUUUUUUUUUUGAUUUUUUUAUUUUUUAGCCCUCUUGAGUUCACGAAUCUCCGGCGCCUGCGAUCGCCGAGAUCAUUCUCCGGUCACCGGAAAGUUUGAAAAUUCCGGGGAGGCAUUCCAUGGGGAGCGCGAUGGACUCGUCGGUUCCUGCGUACGCGCUGAAGAACGCGUGGGAUUGGUGGGACGAGGUGAAUAACUCGACCUUGUGGCAGGAUCGGAUCUUCCAAACCCUCGCUGGGCUAUUCGGAUUCGUUUCAGCCGUCGCUCUCAUCCAAUUGGUGAGAAUUGAAUGUAGAGUUCCGGAGUAUGGUUGGACGACACAAAAGGUCUUUCAUUUCUUGAACUUUCUGGUCAAUGGGGUUCGAUCAGUUGUCUUCGUAUUUCGCCGUAGUGUGCAACAAUUAAAGCCCGAGAUCAUCCAACACAUUCUUCUCGAUCUGCCGGGUCUUGCAUUCUUCACUACCUAUGCGCUUUUGGUAUUGUUUUGGGCCGAAAUAUAUUAUCAGGCACGAGCAGUAUCUACUGAUGGGCUUAGGCCGACGUUCUAUACGAUUAAUGCAGUGGUUUAUGUUGCUCAAAUUGCAUUGUGGUUGCUAAUAUGGUGGAAGCCUGUCCAACCUUUGAUCAUCCUAUCCAAGAUAUUCUUUGCAGGUGUUUCAUUGUUUGCCGCCCUUGGCUUUCUUCUGUAUGGAGGGAGGCUCUUCCUAAUGUUGCGACGCUUCCCUGUUGAGUCCAAAGGGCGACGCAAAAAGUUGGAGGAGGUUGGCUAUGUUACAACUAUAUGUUUCUCCUGUUUUAUGGUGAGGUGUAUCAUGAUGAGCUUCAAUGCUUUUGAUAAGGCUGCAGAUCUUGAUGUUCUAAACCAUCCGAUUUUGAACUUUUUAUACUACCUGCUUGUUGAAAUUCUUCCUUCGUCUCUAGUCCUAUUCAUACUGAGGAAGUUGCCACCAAAGCGUGGAAUCACACAGUAUCACCCCAUUCACUGAUUCUGGGAAUACAUGCUAAUUUGCCCUGGUUAAGCCUCAUUGCCAGAACAACUCGAGCUUUUGACAGCUGAUGCUCCUCCAUACAGAAGUUUGCAGGAAAGAGAACAGCAAAAAUGGCAUCCUACCAUAGCUGUAAUGUUGGUCAAAGGUUUUAUUUGCUUGUAGGGAGCAUGUGAAAAGUGGGAACAAUGUUGUGCAAGGUCUGUAUGGUAUUCCUUUUUGUCAUAACAAUGCGUUUUGUUGGUUUGACUUCUAGUCCAUCUUAUAAGUAUUUGCACUUUUUGGUGCUCUAUCGCUGAAGUGGAUUCUAGUGUGACCGUUCUUGGAUCAUCUUAGCAUUAGUUCGGUUUUAUGCAUGACUUAAGCUUUCUGUAACCUUCGUUUUUUUCUAUAUCAUUAUCACUUUUGUUUCAA